AUGCCCACCUACGAAGAAACCCUCGCUCGUAUGAAGCGUACCCUGGACAACGUCGACGGCGACGUCGACGACCAGCCAGAUCAACUCGAAGAACCCGCGAAAAAGCGCGGUAGGCCGUCUGAUCCCUCACGCGCGGCGACCUCUUCGCGUACCAAGAGCGCGACUUCCACCGGCGGUCGCAAGAAGAAGGCGACCCCUCCUCCGGUCGACAACCGUCCCAUUCUCAAGCAGAUCGAUGAAAUCCCCCUCGCGGGAAUGUCACGGUCUACGACAACUGCGACGAAGCUCUCCUUUGAGCAUCUCGGUGGUGCGGAUGGACCGGUAAACUCAAACUCCCUUGGUACCCUCUUGGGAUACAAGGGCAAGACGAAAGGAGCCGCGAACAAAUGCUACUACGCCGGCUACGUGUUCUGUGAAAAGUUGCGCAUUCUCCAGGGAAAAAAGAAGACCAAGAAGAGGUUGGAUUGCGAACAUGAAUUGCCGACCGGUUACGACUACGGAGAGGGCUCUGGAAGGCAGUCUGCAUACGUUUUUGCCGGUGACACCCUUGCACAGGACAAGUGGGGUCGCUUGGAAGCCGUACCAAAGCGUGGGUACGGGUGGUGA